CGUCCCCCGGUUCCCCCUGUCGGAGAACAGCGGCAUCUGGGAGGGAGGAGAAAAGGAACAAGCCUCGAGAAAACGUAGGGGAGGAGAGCAAAAAAAAGACAGGGGCGCAGCGAGGAGGACGUGAACACACUGGGAAAGGAGGACGCUGCUGCUUCAGUGAAGUCCUCGUGAUUGGAUGAAGAAAGAACCACUCACUACCAGUAUGGACGCGAUCCAUCCUGGAGUCUCCCACAAUCCUUAGUUCUCUGUGGUGUUCAGAUUUGCAGCUGAGUCUACUGAACCCUGAACCGUGACUGACCUCCUGUCAGUCGAACUAUCUUGUGCCACAAUGAUGUCAGUCGAUGUGACCAAUCAUAACGGCCCUGCUGCCACGCCUCCCACCUCACUCAGCCUUCGCUCCUCACACAACCAGCUACUCAGCAGUGAUGUCAUCAAACAGGGCUCUGCCACGCCUCCCAAGUGUCGCAAAAAGUAUGCACUUACCAGUAUCCAGGCUGCCAUGGGCCUCGGAGAAGCAGUGCCAUCUUCAUCAUCACCAUUAUCAUCCCCAUCACAGCCUACAACCCCCAACAAUCCCAAACUAGCCAAGAACGGAGUCAACCAGCUCCGUAAAGCCGGUCAGGAUCACAACAGAAACACAACCGGCCCUGACCCGACAGACCCCGAGUGUAAUACAGAAACUGCAGCAGAUGACCUCAAUGUCAACACGGCUGAGGAGCACGACAGUCACACACUCACCAAUAACGACCGAGAUGAUGAUGAUGAUGAUGAUGUCACUAAGCUAGAUGUUGAAUUGCACCCAGACACUAACGGUGAUCCCGAGCCCGAACAGAAAACUGAAUCAGAUAUAGACUGUAACAUCAACACGACUGUGGAGCUCAAACUGAACGGCAACACAACAGAUCUGGGCUUUGAUUUGAACAUUGAGUCAGAGGAGAACGAUGAUAUCAGCAUUCUGUCUGAGAAGGAAAUGAUGUCAAAGAUGAAGACUGAGGAAGAUGAAGAUGAGGUGGCAGUAGAGGAGCAGGAGGACGACGAGGAGAGUAAGCCUUUACUUGUCAUAAAGAACGAGUCUCCCGUGAAGAACCACAAAGUUACUUCAGGCCUGGAACUCAUCUCUGACCUUCACUCCAACCUCAAGCUCCUCAAGGCAGGCAAGGACUCUCCAGUGCCUCCUCCUCCCUCCCCACCCAGGCAAGCAAGCCCAGAGGACACACCCCUGCUCUCUGUGGCCUCCUGCUCCUCCUCUUCCUCCUCCUCUCCAGAGACGAAGAAGGACAGAAGGACUGGCGCAAAGACAGACUGCGCUUUGAACCGCAUCCAGAAUCUGAACCCGAGUGACGAAGAGUUGAGUUGGACCACACUGUCCCAGGAGAGCAACUCCCCAGAGGAGACAGAUAUCUGGAGUGAGCAGUCAUUCCAGACAGAUCCUGACCUGCCUCCAGGAUGGAAGAAGAUCACCGACAUGGCCGGUAUCUACUACUGGCACAUUCCUACAGGCACCACCCAGUGGGAGAGGCCUGCCACCCGCCCAGCACCUCCUGGACAGACAGAGUCCCCGGCUCUGGGCGACCACCUGGGCGACCACACAGCCUCCACACCACGUAAACACUCCCUGGGCUCCCUCAGCCCCUCACCCACUCCUGACCAUGAGUCGUGCCAGGCAGAGAUCUUCUUCAGGGCGUCAACUCGUUCGGGCAGCACCACCUCUGACAGCUCAGUGGAGCCGCUCUCCACUCACGAGCCCACCAUCACCACAUGUGGAUUCGUCAACAGCUGCUACUUUCCUCGUUCCACAUCUCUACAGGGGGUGCCUGAUCAAGAGUGUCGCACUCAGCAUCACGAAGAUGAGGACAAGAAACAGGUGUGGAGUGAUUUUGGCGGAAAGAUUGAUAGUGAAGUGUGGAAGGACCUGCAGGCUGCCACAGUGAACCCUGAUCCCAGUCUGAAGGAGUUUGAGGGUGCUACGCUUCGCUACGCGUCACUCAAGCUAAGGAACCGUCCAGCAGCGGAAGAAGAGGAGUCCAGCAGUGUUAACAGCGACCCAGAAGCAAAAUGUUUUGCAGUGCGCUCUCUGGGAUGGGUGGAGAUGGCUGAGGAGGACUUGGCUCCUGGGAAGAGCAGUGUUGCUGUUAACAACUGCAUCCGACAGCUGUCCUACUGCAAGAAUGACAUCCGUGACACCGUCGGCAUCUGGGGAGAGGGGAAGGACAUGUACCUAGUGCUGGAGAAUAAUAUGUUGAACCUGGUUGACCCCAUGGACCGCAGUGUGCUUCACUCUCAGCCAAUCACAAGUAUCCGAGUGUGGGGCGUUGGCCGGGACAAUGGCAGGGACUUUGCAUAUGUGGCGCGGGAUAAAAACACCAGGAUCCUGAAAUGUCAUGUGUUCCGCUGUGACACGCCAGCCAAAGCCAUCGCCACCAGCCUGCAUGAGAUCUGCUCCCGGAUAAUGACAGAGCGAAAGAAUGCCAAAGCGAUGGCAGGAGGUUCUCUCCAGGACAGGAUGCAGGCAGGACUAGAUCUCCCUUUACAAGCAGAGUUCCCCACACCAAAGACGGAGCUGGUUCAGAAGUUCCAGGUGCUUUACCUUGGGAUGCUGCCUGUGGCCAGACCACUAGGCAUGGACAUACUGAAUGGAGCUAUAGAGAGUUUAAUCAGUUCUUCCAACAGAGAGGACUGGACUCCGGUAGCCCUGAAUGUGGCAGAUGCUACUGUCACCAUCAGCAAAGACAAGGACGAAGAAGAAGUGCUGGUGGAGUGUCGGGUUCGCUUCCUGUCAUUCAUGGGUGUUGGCCGUGACGUGCACACGUUUGCCUUUGUCAUGGACGCUGGCGGCCAUCGUUUUGACUGUCACGUCUUCUGGUGUGAGCCCAACGCUGGAAAUGUGUCGGAGGCUGUACAGGCAGCUUGUAUGCUGCGGUAUCAGAAGUGUCUGGUGGCUCGACCCCCUCCCAGAAGCCUGUGGCUCGUCGCCCCCUGGUGACUCGGUGUCCCGCCGGGCUCGACCAGCGUGAAGAGAGGUGUCUUGUCUCUCAUCGACACCCUCAAACAGAAGAGACCCGUCACUGAGUUGCCACAGUAACCACGGUUAAGCGCUACCCAGCUCCCUGCCACAGCCCCCAGUCACCAUGGUAACUAGUCGCAUCGCUGCCAAAACCCAUCGCCACCACAGACCCCAGUAACCAUGGAAACACAGCAAAACCCCAGGGUUUGGGAAACCCUGUCACAGUUCCUUCGCUUUUCUGGAGUAAAAUUAAAAUUUCACCUCAUGAGUUUUAUUAGCUCUCGAGCAGCAACUCAAAUCUGUUUCCUCAAAAUAACUGAGACGAAAAAAGACUCACGUCAAGAAGGAACAACCACAGAGAAACGCCUGGAGUGAUCAUCGUAAAAGGUGAUAGUGUACAUAGAAGUAACUCUCAUCCCCCUCAGCACAGAGAAGGAGUGAGGAGAAGAGAGCCAAUAUUGAAGAAGUAGGAAGUGCUCCUUCAAAGCACAGCACGUGUGAUGAACGAGUUCAAGGCUGCCCAAACUGCUUAUCUCUCCAUGCUCUAAUUGUAUUUGUGUCUGUGCCUGUGCUGCCAGCAUGACCUUGUACACCUGGCCACACCCCCUCGUCAUUCAUCUGGUUGUCCUGUUAGUCUGUAGUGCCCCCCCCCGUCCCUCUUUCUCAUUAUCCUCAGUAGACUGUAAGGUGAAGUAAAUGGAUGGAAGGAAUCAUGAAAGCCAUCGUGUCUGAUUUUCAAAUCAGGAUGUAAUGAAUGAAAGAAGGAAGCUGCUACAGACUAAAGAGAUUUGGCCGUCGGUCUAACCCGUUUAACUGAUCCUGCAUGAACUUUUUAUAUAAAAGUGAACCAUUCUAGACGAUAUCAAUACACUGCUGCUGCUUUCAGAGACUGAAGGGGUGAGAAAUCCGAAGCCAUGUUGUUUUUUUUUCUUAUUAUUAUUUCUUUCUUUCUUUCUUUCUCAUCAACUGUGCAAGAAUCAGCCUGGAGGGUCUAAACGAGUGGUGACCUUUCACCCGAAACAUCCUUCAUAUACUUCCUGUUUACUUCUCUAGUCUUUUGUUAUCCCUUUGGAAAAUGACAGAUGAUAGCCAUAACGGAGGAGGAGAAGCAGGGACGGACAGAGUGUUAACCCUCUCUCCUCUGCUCUCUGGUAAACAGUACUAGACUGCUGCUCCAAACACAGGAGACAUCAGCAUGCUGCUGCUCUUUGAUACACAUGCUGGAAGGAAUUACGGCAGAUCCUUUAAAUCCCACCUCAGUAUCAGUCCUCAGAGACGUCAUGUCCACACAAGACAAGAAGACUGGAGAAGCUGUACCUGGGUAUGGUGGCGAUGAUUUUGCCCACAGCUGAGAUUUGAACUGUGAGGAGGUCAGGAAGAGAGAGACAGGUUUCACCUCCGGCCUCGGCUGUUUUUCCAGAGGAAAGCCAACAUACAUGUCAAAUUAACAGGACCUGGGCUGCUAUCUGUCUGUCUCCAGGGUUCUGUUCACUUGAAUGCGCCUUCUCUGUUUUGUCAUCGCCUCCUUCCUUGUACGACUUGUUUUCAUUAGUGCCACAAGAUCACUUUUGUUUUUCUUCUUUUGGUCUUUUUUUUUUAGUUUUUCCUCACAUAAAUCUCAAUUCAACACUGCUAGCUCCUUAUUGUCACGUAUCUGACAAGCUUGGAUGUAGGGUAAUAACUAAUUAAGUCCUUUAUUGCAACUAAAACCCACCAACACAUCCCCCCCUACCCUCACAGUUCUGUUGGAUGUGGGGCACCAGAUUAAUACUGAACCUCUCUAAUUGAUCGUUAGCUAUACCUCUCCCCUGCACAGCGAUUGUCUAAUCACAGUUUAGGAACUUUAUGUAGGCAUGGUCACCCUGUGGAGCUUUUGGAUUGCCAUAAGCAAUAACACAAGCAAAAGUGUAGGGAAUUAAUUAAACUAUGUGUUUUUCUCCUCUAACAUCAGCUGCUAUUGUGGCAAAUCAGGCAAACUAGCUUAACUAUAUUAUAAGGUUUGCAGGUUACAUUAAGAGUGUUUCUCCCUGUAAGGUGGUCCCUGGUGCUCACAUAUGAGAAUUAAGGAUAAUGUUAGCAGUUCUGUCUCUGUUCUUUAUUGAAUUUGGGGCAGUUUACACUCCAGCAACCUCAGCUAAAUUGGUUCAUCCUCUUCCUAAAAGCCUAAAAAUAAAGCAUAAAUAUAACUUAUGUCUUGGUUGUCCAAGUCUACCAAGGCAGCCAAACAGGGUUAUGUUAGAAUGAAAUUACAGCCUGAUACAAUAUUUCUUUAUUCUACAUACUUACUAAUACCAGGACAAAGUAGCUCUACUCUGCAAUACAAAAACACACUUUCUUUAUGUAUAUGUAUUCUACAUGGAUUAUGAAUUGGUGAACUUUUUGCUGGAACAUCUAGCUUUAGCCUCAGUCUUUUAAGAUGAUAUUUUGUAUGUAGUCAUCAACUGCACAUCCCGUUUUACAAGUAUCUAUUUUGAAAAUGGACAUUAAAAAGUCUGCCAGAGACAGAAAACAACUCCUGGAACAAUCGUUCGUUAAUUACCUAGCCAGCAGCAGCUGAAAAAACCUGCUUGUGAAAGUUGUUAUUUCAUCGCCACAAUUGCCAGUUAGAAAGAGAAGCUGCUUUUGUUUACUUCUGCAUGAAAUCAAAGAAGUUUCUGUUGUGAAUCUGCCAAUCUGUUAUUGUAAACUGCAUUUAUGGCAUUAACUAUGACAGUAACUAAAGGGGGCGGGGCUUAACGAACACUCAAACUGUUAAAAACCGUUAGUCGGUGCAUCCCGCUUAUCGUCUUCAUGUCUUGCGUUUGAACUCCAGUUAACAUGCACAGGUCGAAGGAACUAGGAGCGUAAUUGAGAUUGUGAUGAGAAAAUUCAGCCACAUCACCUUCUUUUGUCACGAGGAUGUUGAAAUGUGAAUGAGAUGACAAAAUAUGUGUGUACAUAAUAUCCAUUCAAUGUAACGUUUGGCAUUAAUCGUUGUUAUAAGCUAUCUUUUCAUUUUGAAUGUCUGUAGUUUUCUAUUAUUUUCUUGUAAUGAAAUGCCUUUUUUGAGAACUCACCAAAUGGCCAAAGUGUAAAUUACUGAUAUACAUUGUUGUAGAUAAGAAAAAUACGAGAGCAAAUAAUGAAAAAGAGAGGAGAGGUGAUUGGAAAUUUUCACAGUUGUCAAUUAAGUUGAUGCUGAAUUUAACUGAGCAAUUAUCUAUGCAUUCUUUUGAUCUCGAGAAAUGGAAAGUCGUAAAAAGCCUUGCAUGCCCUUGGAUGGUUGAAAGAACGACUGUAUGUACUGAACAGAAAUAUUUUUUAUUUUAUUUAUUCUAUUUUAUAAAGGUAUAUACUGAUUUUAUUAGUUGGGGCAAGUAAAGUCUCUUGACUCUCGGUGUCAUUGUCUCAGUCCCUCGUAAACUCACAAAGGCUACAACGAGCUCCGCUUUGCAGAAACAGGCAGAUAAAGGAUUAUAUCUUCACUUUGUACAGUGCACUGAGAGCUGGGAGUCCACUGGUGGCCCGAAACACAGGAGUGAAGAAGAAGAGGAAGAGGAGGAGAAAAAAGAUCACGGUGGUAACAGUGGUGGACUCCCAGUGUCUCUGUCAAGCUCACACACAUUUCCCACGGAUGGAUGUGUUGGCUUCCGUUUGCUGCUCACUGAUUUGUACACUUUAUCAAUGUAACCAAUUGUGAGAAUAAACAGCAUUAUAAAAUAGAA